AUGAGCCGGAACACGACGCGAAUCGAUCGGCUGCUGGCCAACCUGGGCUAUUGCUCACGCCGCUCCGCCCUCUCCUACAUCCGGAGGAAUCGAGUGACGUUCGAAGGCGAGGUGGUGGCUUCAGCAUCGACGCACGUCCCCCAGGACGGUGCUGGCGUGGCCAUCAACGACGAGCCCCUGCUUGACACCAAACCGCUGCACAUUCUGUUGCACAAGCCCUCGGGCUACGUGUGCACGCGCGAGAAGGGCGAACACAAGACCGUCUAUGAUCUGCUUCCCCCCGACUUUUACAAGCGGCGACCGCUCCUCAACAUCUGCGGUCGACUGGAUCGAUGGGUGACCGGUCUCGUCUUUCUCACACAAGACGGUGGUGUCGCCCAACCGGAAGGCGAAGAAGCGGUUGGGCAAGACGUACGUCAUCAAGGCCUGGCGCGACUUCAAGGCGACGAGGCCGAGAUCUUCAAGGCCGGCACCCUCCUCCUCAACGGAGAGACCAAGCCCUGCAGGCCCGCCGACCUCGAAAUCCUCGAUCCCGUCAACAACUUGGCCAAGGUCACGCUGUAUGAAGGCAAAUACCACCAGAUACGCCGCAUGUUCUCGGCGAUUGGCAACGGUGUGCCCCGAUCGAUUGCACGAAUCAGCAUCGGACCACUCCAGCUGGGAAACCUGGAGGUGGGCAAGUGGCGACAUGUCACGGAGGAAGAGCUCCGGGCACUGCGAGCGGUGGUGGACGCCGGCGAGGCGCAGGCUGCGGGUCAAAGAGAGAAGACGAAGGCCAACACCGCACACGACGAGGGGGAGGAAAACGAAAGCGAACACGAAGGCACGGACGUCGACAACGAUGACGAUGGCGACGAAGAGGACUUUGGUGACGGUGACAACGACGACGGAGACCAGGACCUGGCGAAGCUCUGGGAGGCAGAACACGCCGCGGAGGAGAGCCGCCGCCCGAUCCAGCAACCGCAGCCGGAGGGGAAAGAACUGGCCGACGUGAAGUGA